AUGCGAAACGGCGCAACAGCCAGGCCCGCCCUCGCUGUCGGGCAAGGCUGGACGGCCUGCAUUCGACUGCAUUUCUCGCUCUUGCGGCGGCGCCCCAAGACCAUGGCCGUCGCCCUGUCGCAGCCCCGUCGCCGUCGACACUCGAUGCCGUGGUGCUGCGACACUGCUGACGCAGCCGGACCUGUCCUCUGCCCUCGCCUCACGCCCACUCUGGCCACCACCACGGCCACGGCCACGGCGACCAGCAACACCGGCACGUCUAGCCCGCCCCCCAAGCUCCGAGGGCCGUGGGGGCGGCGUCGCCUCUUAUGGGCCGUGGCCACCGACUCACCUCAGGUCGCCUCGCAGCAGGGUCAAACAGCGACGGUUCGCAAUCUGCCAGCCGUUGCUGGGCCGUCGUCGUCGUCGUCGUCGCCGCAGAAGCAAGCAGGCAGCCAGGCCAACAGCGCUCAAGCCAUGGCGAACUGGCUUCCUAGCGACGGGGGCCUCUGCGCAUUGCGUGCACGCCCCCCCGUUCAAGCGAGCCCGUGA